AUGGAUCACGGAGAACUCUUCUCUUGGGGUGGAAAAGAUGCUGGAAAUCACAAUUUGGCUCUUUUUGAAGAGCCGUCGAUGCCCUUUUUCGCCAGUUACCUCAAAGCGCACACUACGCCUGGCCCUCUUGAACGGAUGCAAAGCGAAAACCAAAAGAAGAAGGCGGAUCUCGGAGUGAUGCUCGGUGUUUAUCUACCAACCAUUCAACAUAUCCUUGGUGUCACUAUGUUUAUUCGAUUGUUUUGGGUCGUCGGAAUUGCGGGACUUGGCCAGACAUUCCUACUUCUAUUUCUAUGUUGUCUAUGU